AUGUCCAAUAGCUUACCACUCCAGUGGUUCAACGACCGCCUCGGCCCGGCUAACGGACUUGUCAAGCUCGGGGGUGGCAUCGGUGCCACCGUCAUGGCACUGGUUGUGCAGCAGCUCAUCGAUAAAGUCGGCAUCGCCUGGACCUUCCGCGUCACGGCUUUGACCUCUCUGACUACCGGCUUCAUUGGCAUUUUCGCCCUUUGCGUCACUUUUUUCUUUCUGCCUACCGUCGCGACCUCGAUCGGAUUGUCGUCUGCGACUGCUGCGGCUGUCAUGGCCUGCUAUAACGCCUGCAUGGCCGUGGGCCGUCUGGCCUCAGGCAUCGCCUGCGAUAAGCUCGGCUCCACAAAUAUGCUGCUACCAUGGCUCUCAACGCCAUCACUAUGUUGGCGAUCUGGUCCGGCCUUCUUCGUCACUAUGCCGACAGCCAUCGGAAGGCUACUGGGUCCACAUGCAGCGCCUGCGGGCAUAAGUAUGGCCAUCACCGGAUGGAGCGUCGGCGACCUGCUGGGCAAUCCGAUUGCCGGCUUCUUGAUCGCUGCCACGCAUGCAGAUCGUGCGAGUUCUAUCGGGCCAUAUCGUGCGGCCAUCUUAUAUGCAGGCGGAGCAGCAGCCGUUUCAACAGCUCUCGUUCUGGUCGCCCGGCUGAAAAUGGAUGCCAACCUUAUCAAAAAGCUUUAA